CUGUCUGUGAUGAUAGAGAGAGAGUGUGUGUGUUAGGGAGAGAGAGAGGUGAGGUGAGUGAGGAGGAAGCUGGAUUCUUCACCUGGACUCUUCAGCUCCUCAGGUUUGGACUCAGACUCUGAUCCAGGCUGGAGGUGAAUCUGUUCUUCCUGUUGGACGGACCAGCCUGUCCAGAUGUUUAAAUAUGAUAAAAACAGCAGGGUUUGGCUUCACACUAAGACUCUUCUGGACAUUCCUUGUGACUAGUGUUAAACUAUAGACCAGACAUGGAGGCUCUAUCCAUGGCAACUUUAGAGGGACAGCCAACCUCAGCCUCAGCAAUGCCAGUGUCCACCAAUAGGAAAUGUCCUGAGCAGGGGACAGUGACGGACACGGCUGAGGAUACAAGUGAGCCCAUAAGGAAUGUUUUAAUUGGGAAUGGUGAAACUUCAGCAUCCCAGAAGCAAGAAACUUUGAACCAUGCUGUGGAGAAUGAAGCUUCUGGUGAGAAACAUUUCUCGGACCAUAACCCCAGUGAUCCAGCACAUGCAAAAUAUCAAACUAUCGAGGCUAAAGUCGAUUCAACACCAAAUAUUUCCACUCAAACCAAGGAUUACAAACCCAAAAUGGGAGCUACUGGGAUUGAGAAGGUGUUUAAAAGUCUAGGAUCAUCUGUGAGAAGAGAAACUGGUCAUAAUGGUUGUUGUCAUGGAACAGACUUUGUAUGUCUGUUAAAAACAGACCAGUGUUGCAUCUCAGAUGAUCCUGCAGUAAAUGGGCGUGUUCCUGCAGUUAACUGUAGAAGUCCAUGUUUGGUUUGUUCUUCAGUAAUUCGCUCCCCAUCAGACUCUUCUUCAGUUCCAGUGAACUCCAGCCUGUCUGGUAGCUCCUCACUCGCCACUGUACCAAGUAAUGGAGCAGCAGAACUUCCUCGAAUCAUCAAACACAAGCCCAGUUCCAUCACUUUUGCAGAUUACACCUGCCUUUUAACUCCAAACCGGGACGUUCAGGAAAGUUCUGACUCGCUUGUUUCUUCUGAGGAGGAGGAGGAGGAGGAGGAGGAAGAGGAGGAGGAGGAGGAAGAUGAUAACGUCUUCACAGAGAUGUCUCAAUGCAGGGAGAUUUUCCCAAACUCUAGAAGAAGGAGGAGAGGAGGAAGGAGGAGAGGAACUGGUGAAGAAAACACAGCAAGGUUUAGGAUCACUGGAUAUGAAGCAGAAGAAGAAAGCAGCAGCAGAGAGGACUCUCCUCUGGUCCUGCUGUCCCCCUGGUCUGAGUCCAUGACCCAGCUGAUGAGAAGACUGGAUCAGCUUAACCUGGAUAUAGAGGAAGCUCUGAGCGCUGGCUCCUCCCCCUCAGACACGCCCUGCACCCCUCGCAGAAACACAGCCAAUCAAAAAGCUUUUCAGCAGAGCUCAGCAGUGUGGAGGACAGGAGGAAACAGUCUGGUCGGAGGAGCAGGAUGGAAGAAUCUCAGUGAUCUGCAGGGAAUCUUCUCCUCCUCUGUGAGCAGGACACACCUCAAAACCACAGAGAUGCCGGUGAAGAGGAAGCCUGGAGGAGCAGAGAUUGAGGCGAAGGAAGCGUGUGAUUGGCUACGGGCUGCAGGAUUCCCUCAGUACGCACAGCUUUUUGAAGAUUCUCAGUUUCCAAUAGACAUCUCUCCUGUAAAGAAAGAUCAUGACUUCCUGGAUAAAGAUCUGGUGGAGCCUCUGUGCCGGAGACUGAACACAUUAAAUAAGUGCGCUUCUAUGAAACUGGAUGUGAAUCUUCCCAAGAAGAAAAGCGAGGACUCCGAUGAGGACGACCUGUUUGCCAUUAGUGAUAAAUGGACGUUUGAGUGGACGAGCCGGCGCUGGUCCCGGCUGCGGGACAUCGACUGUCUCCUGGAGCGGGUGGAACGAGAGGGACAGCGGGAGGAUUCGGCCCUGCGGACGACGCCCAGCAGCGAGAGCAUCCUGACCGACCUGAGCGAACCCGAGGUCUCGUCUCUGCACAGUGAGAGCAGCGGCGGCGGACUCAGCGCCGAGGACUCAGACGGAUCUCAGCACACCAUGCCUGACCACACCCUACUGGGGGUGUCCCACCAGGCCCUGUCCCACCUCACCGGCGGCGUCUCACCACACCACACCUCCUCAGACCCCGCCCACAUGCAUGAGCACCUGUCUCCAGACCCGCCGCUCUACGGCUCGCUGCCCAACAACAAGCACAGCAAGCGCGGCCAAACGCGGGCCAAGGACUUCCUGCGGCGCAUGGAGAUGCUGCGGUCCAGUGGGACGCUGAGCCCGAGGGGACGCAGGACGUUAGUGAUCGGUGCUCCUGUUCUCCAGCAUGAACCUGAAACCGUAAAGACGCUUCGCUGCGUAGAAAUCAGCGUCAACGGUGACGUAGAUCCGCCGGAACCGCCCCCCGGCACGGGCCUGCAGUCCAGCAGCGAUGGCAGCAGCAGCCAGUCCAGCACCCCCAGCAUGAAGGACCGCAGAGCAGUCCGCAACGACCACAAGCGCAGCGGCAUGUACCUGGAGGACCUGGACGUCUUCUCCAGCAUGAUUCAGGGAAAACGGGUCGCAGAGCAGAACCGCCGCAACGAGUUCCGCUCCUACGAAGACCUGGUGGUUCAUAUCCCUAAAGACCACAAACCCGGGACCUUUCCCAAAGCCCUGUCCAUCGAGAGCCUGUCUCCCACCGCCGCACCAAUCAGCAGGCCUUCAGAGAUCCAGCGCCCGCCCACCGCCAAGGAGCCGCGGCCAAUCACCCAGUGCUGCUCGCGGGGAAGCCGGAUCAGCAUCUACGACAACGUCCCCGGCUCCCACCUCUACGCCAGCACCGGAGACCUGAUCGACCUGGAGAAGGAGGACCUGUUCCCUCACCUGGACGAUAUCCUGCAGCACGUCAACGGCCUGCAGCAGAUCGUUGAUCACUGGUCUCAGAACGUUCUGCCUGCAGGAGACAGAGCAGAGCGGGGACAGAGGGGACAGAGGGGACACAGGGAGGAGCCUGACGGAAACCUUCAGUCCUCCAGAAACAUCACGCUGGAUUUAGAAGGUCACUCUGUACUGGAGGGUCAGGCCACACCCAGCGACGGGGACGGGGACGGGGACAGGGACGCCGUGUCCCUGAACGAGACGGAAUCUACAGGGACGAGGGAGAGGAGGGACUCCGGGGUCGGGGCUUCACUCACCAGACCAAACCGUUUGCGAUGGCCUAGUUUUCAGAUCUCGAAUCGUCUCAGUCACUCGGUCGCCUCCCUGCAGAUCAGUAAUCAGUCAGCAGCUCAGCUCAGCCUCCUGCAGAAAUUCUCCCUCCUCAGACUGACGGCCGUCAUGGAGAAAUUCUCCCUCACCAACAAACACGGCUGGACCUGGUCGGUGCCGAAGUUCAUGAAGCGGAUGAAGGUUCCGGAUUAUAAGGAUAAGAACGUGUUCGGUGUUCCUCUGAUCGUUCACGUCCAGCGCUUCGGUCAGCCUCUACCUCUCGGCCUCCAGCAGGCCCUGCGCUACCUCAGGAGCCAAUGCCUGGACCAGGUGGGUUUGUUCCGUAAGUCGGGGGUGAAGUCUCGUAUUCAGGCUCUCAGGCAGAUGAACGAGAGUUCUCCGGAGGAUGUGAAUUAUGAGGAUCAGUCUGCGUACGACGUGGCCGACAUGGUGAAGCAGUUCUUCAGAGAUCUUCCUGAACCUCUCCUCACCAGCAAACUGGGAGAAACCUUCCUCCACAUUUACCAGUACGUUCCUAAAGACCAGCGGCUGCAGGCGGUUCAGGCGGCCAUCAUGCUGAUGUCUGACGAGAACAGGGAGGUCCUGCAGACGCUGCUCUGCUUCCUCAGUGAUGUCACUUCCUCUGUGCAGGAGAACCAGAUGACGCCCAUGAACAUCGCCGUGUGUCUCGCCCCGUCGCUCUUCCACCUCAACAUACUGAAGAAGGAUAACCUGUCCCCCAGAGCCAUGCAGAAGAAAUACGCUACCGGACGACCCGACCAAAAGGACCUGAAUGAGAACCUGGCCGCCACCCAGGGCCUGGCGCACAUGAUCACAGAGUGUAACCGGCUGUUCGAGAUUCCGGGUGAAAUGGUGACGCAGUCGAGGAACUCGUACGUGGAGGCGGAGCUUCAGGCGCCGACGCUGGAGGAGCUGUGUAAACAGCAGCAUCAGGAUCAGGAAGAGGAGGAGGAGGGGGUCUCGUGGCCUGUGAAUCUCCAGGACCGUCUGCAGGACCUGUUUAAAGAGGCCAGAGAUAAAGCCAAGGGCUGGGUGUCCUGCCAGAGCGCCGACAGCACCGAGCUCGCCUACAAGAAGGUGGGGGAUGGGAACCCGCUGCGGCGCUGGCGGGUGUCGGUGGAGGUGGAGGCUCCUCCCUCGGUUGUGCUGAACCGGGUGCUGAGAGAGCGCCACCUGUGGGACGUGGAUCUGCUGAAGUGGAAGGUGUGUGAAGCUCUGGAUAAACAGACUGAGAUCUUUCAGUACGUCCUGAACCGGAUGCCCCCCCACCCCAGCAGAGACUUCGUGGUGCUCAGGUCGUGGAGGACGGAUUUACCUCGGGGGGCGUGCGCUCUUGUGUCCGUCUCUAUUGAGCACGAGGACUGUGCACUACUGGGCGGAGUCAGGGGGGUCGUACUGGAGUCCAACUACCUGCUGGAGCCCUGCGGCUCCGGAAAGUCCCGCCUCACACACAUCUGUAGAGUGGACCUGAAGGGGAGGAGUCCUGAAUGGUACAACAAGGCGUUUGGUCACCUGUGCGCCGCUGAAGCCGCCCGGAUCCGGAACUCCUUCCAACCCAUCCACACCGAGGGUCCAGAAACCAAGAUCUGAACCUCCCUCCCACA